AUCAUGGACUUCAUAGAUGAUUUUAUACAAGAAUAUCGGAAUAAUCCAUGCCUCUGGAAGGCCGAUUCAGUUAAUUACAAAAACCGAAGCAAGCGCCAAGAGGCCUAUAUGAAGUUAAUUGACGUUGCCGCAAAACAUGGCGAACACUACAAUGUAGAACGGACCAAGCAAAAAAUUAAUAAUCUUCGAUGCGCCUUUCGACACCAGCUAAAGAAAUACAAUGAACUCAAAAGCAAAGGCGAAAAGGAGGAGCCAUACUGUCCGAAGAGAAAGUAUUUCGAGUCGUUAAUGUUUCUCAAAGACGAGGAAACCACCAUAGACAAGCGAACCAAACAAGACAACAUUGGCGAAGUCACCCCCACUAUCCAUAGCAGUGGAAAUAAUGGUAAAAACAAAUCGACACGUAUAAAUGUAGAAGCAGAGUCUAUCAGUUCUGUGGAAGUAGCAGAUACUGAUAAAACAUCGACAUCUAAUAGUGGUGCCAGUGCAAGUGUUGAUGUCGAGGACCCGCUGCAGGUGCCUAGUAAUAUAUUUUCUGAUAUAUGCAAGGAAAUCAGCAAAGACAAUAAUGGCAACGACGGGGACGAAGAUGCAAAUAUUGAAGAAACGGCACAAAAUAUUUCCGUGAUAUCCGACAAAACUGAUAUUGAAGAAAUAACCACGAUUACACCAGUCAGAAAGGAGCAAGUUUUUGUAAUUGAUACAUCAACUGUUACCAAUGCAACUGCCACCACGACCAACAACACUCCCACGACAUCGUCUCCACAGAAACAACAGCAGCAGCAAAAAGACACAAGUAAGUCGCGGAAGCGAUCUUCAUCAUUUUCGUCGCAGCACAGCAAUGAAACAACGGAUACUACCCCCAUUAAAACAGCGAAAAAUGACGUUACCUUUGAUUUGGAGAAUCUUCUGUCAUUGGCAUGCAAAAGCUUCCAAAAGAAUUCUGUCGACCACCACACAAGUUUUGGCGAAAUCGUGGCAUACAAAUUGCGAACUAUGGAUGCGACCCAAGCACUUUAUGCCGAAAAGAUAAUAUCGGAUAUCUUGUAUCAAGGUCAUAUGAAGUAUUUGUCGCCAGCAGCGAUACAGCGCUGUUCCAAUCUGGAUAGAUUACAAACGCAGGAGCACAAAUAA